GGUUGUUUCUUUCUGCUGGUAUGCUGCUGUGGGUGACUCAGGAGAGGGUAUUAAGACCUGUGGUAAUGCCUCCACGCCCCUCAGUGAUCCGGCGUGUCUGACCAGGUCCCAGCACAGGACUCCAGAAUGCCCAAGAAUAGGAGACGGAGCCUUUUCCCCAACUACAAAGUGGGGGGGACAGGCCCCACAUACAAGGACCCAGAGGAGGACUACAAUGUUCCCCUCACCCAGAACAACUUGGUGAAACAAUGGAACUCCAUGCAAGAGCUCAGAGGAGACAUCUACGACAUCUAUGCAGAGUACGAAAACGAGGAAGAUGUUGUAAUGGCCUCCCCAACAAGAGGUCUUUCCUCUCUUGUGAAGAACUACAUGCUGAACAUCAACGUAGGUGGGAAGGAGUAUCAGAUCUCAUACAGGGUUGCUGCCAAGUAUCCCAAGACCAGGAUCGGCCGCCUGGCGACAUGCACAGACCACAACAGAAAGCUGGACCUGUGUGAUGACUAUGUUGUCCAAAACAAUGAGUUUUUCUUCGACAGGGACCCGGACAUCUUCCACAGCAUCUUCAACUUCUACCGGACGGGCGUCCUCUGGAUCAAGGACGAGCUGUGUCCCAGGAACUUCCUGGAGGAGAUCAACUAUUGGGGCGUCAGGAUCAAGAACACACACCGCUGCUGCCGCAUCUCCUUUGAGGAGCGCCAGGAUGAACUCAAUGAGCAGCUGAAGAUCCAGCGGGAGCUGGAGGCCGAGGUGGAGAUGGAAGAGAAUGAGGACCUGUUCCAUGGCAUGGCGUUUGGCCAGACGCGCUGGAUCAUCUGGAACCUGAUGGAGAAGCCCUUCUCCUCCGUCACCGCCAAGCUCAUGGCUCUGGCUUCCAGCUUCUUCGUGCUGGUGUCCCUGGUGGCCAUGACGCUGAACACGGUGGAGGAGAUGCAGUACAACACCCCCACGGGACAGCUGAGCGGGAAGACCUACGGGGAGCAUGUGGAAACCUUCUGCAUCGCUUUCUUCACCAUGGAGUACCUGCUGCGUCUGGUGUCCACACCGGACCUGCGACGCUUCGGGAAAAGCGUGCUGAACGGGGUGGACCUGAUUGCCAUCUUUCCCCUCUACCUGCAGCUGGUGCUGGAGUGCUUCGAGAACGACGACUACGGGAAGCACCAAGACAUCGAGACGGUGGGCCGGGUGGGCAAAUUGGGCCAGGUGCUGAGAAUCAUGCGUUUGAUGAGGAUCUUCCGUAUCUUGAAGCUGGCACGCCACUCUACGGGGCUGAGAGCAUUCGGCUUCACGCUGCGCCAGUGCUACCAGCAGGUGGGCUGCCUAUUCCUUUUCAUCGCCAUGGGAAUCCUCACCUUCUCUGCCAUGGUGUACACGGUGGAGCAUGAUGUCCAUCAGACCAACUUCACAAGCAUCCCUCACGCAUGGUGGUGGGCAGCUGUGAGCAUCUCUACUGUGGGCUAUGGAGACAUGUUUCCAGAGACCAUCCUGGGCCGGCUGUUUGCCUUCGCCUGCAUCUCCUUUGGGAUCAUUCUGAACGGCAUGCCCAUCUCCAUCCUGUACAACAAGUUCUCAGACUACUACACCAAGCUGAAGUCUUAUGAGUACAGCUCCACACUGAAGGCUCGGGGCAAGGUCAGGUUCGCCAAGAGGGCGGCCAGGAAGUUUACCAAAUGCUGUGACGAUGCAGUCCAUAAACACACUGGUGAAUGUUCUCAGAGCUCUAUGGGAGACUUUCCAUUCAAUUAACAGAUCUGCUGUGACAGCAUGAAAUAAUUUCUACCAAGUGGGGUUCCAAGGGAGCUGGAGUUACUAUGUAUCUCUAGUCCCGUAAAGCUGCCUCUAAACUGCAUCCUUUAUCCUGAUCUUGUCCAUAUUCUGAUUGUGCCCACAUUUUCCGUGUAGACGAUUAAAACGUGCAAUGUGAUCCGAUUGUCAUCAGAUCUUCCUGACUACCUCCUGAGGUAGUCAGGCAAGCUUACAAGUGUAGACCGAUAUGGACAAUGAAAACAUUUAAAUCGUCAUUAUGAAAGAAUAGCUGUCAAAUAAUUUACAUACAGAGGGGGACCAAGAAAUCUGGUCACAAUGCAGACACAGUGGAUGGAUGAGAGACAUUAAAACCAUGUGUAGACACAUUUCUGAAAGUGUGAGCACAAAUAGAAUGUGGACAAGAUCAGGACAAAGGACCCAGGUCAGUACCAGGUAUAAACAAGGCUUAUGUUUACUGUUACUGUAUAACUGGUUAAUUUCAGGUUAUUGCUUACAUAGAUUUCAGCAUUGCCAAGCAUUCUGAGAUUCUAUUAAAUUACAUGCUUGAAUUUUAAUGCUCCCACGGAGUGGAGGGCAACCUUGCAUUGUAGCAAAAAAUACUGCAGACAAAGAAAUAUAUCAUGUACGUUAUCAAUUGUUAAUGUGUUUUCCCUUUACCAUGUUAAAACUCUCCUUCAGUUACAUUUGAGGUUUAGAAACAAUUCAUUCCUACAGAAGAAACCACGCCAUUCCCUUCCAAUCAAAUCACUACCGUACCCGACCUCCCUCCGGGGCUGGUCUGAAAUAAGAAAUGCUGGAUGAAUCUAGAGACAGGUUAAACACUCAGCCCCUCCCCCCUUGUAUGGGAAUCUGUGUAAGAUUGGAUCUUCCCAAUGCCAAUUUCUUUACAUGGAACAGCUUGCAAUGUUUCUGCUCUAGCUAGAACAUUAAAAAAAGAAUAGAUCACAGUGAUCUUGAAUGUUCUUUAUGCAUAUUUGGAAAACCUCACAAGUACUCUCCAAAGAUUGUCUAUUAUAUUGACAAGAUAGUCAAGUGACCGCUCUAACAAUGGAAAUACAUUUCCUCAAAGACAGAAGGCAGGGAGGCGAGAUCAGGUGGGACCAUUCUAGCCAAUGAGAGGGUAGAUGUGUGUGAACAGGCUCUAGACUCAUCUUCGUGUCUGUGACAGACCAUAUGAGCAGCACCAUUGAGGCCAUCUCCAUUUUAAAGUAGUAAUUUCUUCAUUGGCUGAUUGCUCCCAACGCAUAGGAUUCCCCAACCAGUUGACUUUAAAAUGGUGGAAUCCCUCAAUGUCCAUGCUUAAACGGGUUAUAGCUAGGAGUCCUCUCUAUGACAACACGCACAACUCCUAUAGUGUUUGAUUUUUUGCUGAAAUGCCACGUGUCCACUUAUAUCAGUACAUUCAUUCAUCAUAACCUAACCACUACGAAACUUAUUUUAGAGCAAAUUAGCAAGUACACUUUUAUGACCGAAUUUGACCACUAUACAAAAAUUCCUCACUUUGUGCGCUUAUUUUCAUGGACAGAUUUUGGGCAGAGAAAAACCUCUCGCUUCUCCUCUCUGUUGUCAUUCACAAUGUUCACCAGCCACCCAUACAUUGCUAAUGUAUUUCCACUUAGCAGAAAGCAGAUCAAAAUAACAUGACAGCACAGCUCUCAGGUGUUUUUGAUUGCCUAAUGGCCAAAUUGUCUCCACGGGACAGAAUCCUCAGAAGUAGCGCAAGUCAGACUGACUACUACAAUGUGACUAAAAUCUCCCGAAUAGCGGCCACACAGGCAGCCACUAAUAAUCCUCUAAACUGAUGAGAAGAAUGCUGGGUCUUGAAGGAAAAAGCUGUUUCUCGGCUGACUGGGUCCAUCCAAAUCACAGAGACCUGGACAGAUGGAAUCUAAGCAGGGCCCACUAGUGAGCAUGCAGGCUUCUGCUUCCUUCACAGAUAAAUAGGCUACGAGCAGUCUGACAGGCCGGGACACAGAUUGGUGACUUAAUGGGGCAUAAAGGUGACGGACUGAGGUUCCCUGUCAGGGUUAACGUGAAUGCAUUUAUGGUUGGAUUUAUAUGAAAGAAUUCUUCUAACAUUUGCUUACUGACAAAUUCAUUGGCA